GCAGCGGGACGCGUCGCCGAAAGUCGCGGUGGAAGUUACCUGCGGUGUACAGAUCUGGCGCUUUCCGCUGCCAGGCACUGCUGAGCUGGGAGAUGUCAGCUGCAGGCCGGACGGAGCCCUUGGGUCCUCCCAGCAGCUUUGCGAAGCGGCUCCUGGUGACCGGGGGUGCUGGUUUCAUCGCAUCACAUGUGAUUGUCUCUUUAGUAGAAGAUUAUCCAAACUAUAUGAUCAUAAAUCUAGACAAGCUGGAUUACUGUGCAAGCUUGAAGAAUCUUGAAACUAUUUCUAAUAAACAAAACUACAAAUUUAUACAGGGUGACAUAUGUAAUUCUCACUUUGUGAAACUGCUUUUUGAAACAGAAAAAAUAGAUAUAGUACUACAUUUUGCUGCACAAACACAUGUAGAUCUUUCAUUUGUACGCGCCUUUGAGUUUACGUAUGUUAAUGUCUAUGGCACUCAUGUUUUGGUAAGUGCUGCUCAUGAAGCCAGAGUGGAGAAGUUUAUUUACGUGAGCACAGAUGAAGUAUACGGAGGCAGUCUUGAUAAGGAAUUUGAUGAAUCUUCACCCAAACAACCUACAAAUCCUUAUGCAUCAUCUAAAGCAGCUGCUGAGUGUUUUGUACAGUCAUACUGGGAACGAUACAAAUUUCCAGCCGUCAUCACGCGAAGCAGUAAUGUUUAUGGACCACAUCAGUAUCCAGAAAAGGUUAUUCCAAAAUUUAUAUCUUUACUACAACACAACAGGAAAUGCUGCAUUCAUGGAUCAGGGCUUCAAACAAGAAAUUUCCUUUAUGCGACCGAUGUAGUAGAAGCAUUUCUCACUGUCCUCAAGAAGGGGAAACCCGGUGAAAUUUACAACAUCGGAACCAAUUUUGAAAUGUCAGUUCUCCAGCUUGCCAAAGAACUAAUACAACUGAUCAAAGAGACCAGUUCAGAGUCCGAAAUGGAAAACUGGGUGGAUUAUGUUAAUGAUAGACCUACCAAUGACAUGAGAUAUCCAAUGAAGUCAGAAAAAAUACAUGGCUUAGGAUGGAGACCCAAAGUGCCUUGGAAAGAAGGAAUAAAGAAAACAAUUGACUGGUACAGAGAGAAUUUUCACAAUUGGAAGAAUGCAGAAAAGGCAUUAGAACCCUUUCCAGUACAACCACCGUUUGUAUAGAAAGGACAGUUUUCAGAGAAAUUAUCCUACCUCGAUAAGUGAUAUGAAAUCAAGUUACCAGAUGAAGUGUCCUCUUCAGAUGGAAUUAGAUUUGUGACUUUUGCAUAAAAUUCAAAUGCAAAAUGCCUCAAUCCUUAGAAUUGUUUUAGUAUUGCCAUAUGAUUUAAAUAUCAAGAUUCUUUCAGAAACCUUUUUUCCUGAAAGUUUGGAACCAGUAGGCCUAGAAAGACCUCUCUGUAGAUGGGGGGGGGGCGGGGCGGGCCAGGAAGGAGGAAUCUCGUGGUUCUGAGAACCAGGAUGGGGAACAGCUCUGCGUGGAUGACAGCCUUGGCUGGCACUGAACUCAGCUUCCCAGCCUUUCCCACUGCCCAGAAAGUCUCAAGUUUUCAUUUUUAGGCAAUAUAGGAUGAGCCGUAUGCCCUCAUUCAUCUUUUUUUAAAGACCUGAUGUGCUAUAAUUGUUUUAAAAUGGGAACAAUGGAUGAGUAUUUAGCACUUUUUAACUUUUGGUAAUUUUGUAAAAUUAAGUUAAAUGUUUUUUAAAGGAAGGAUGUAGUUUUUAUAUUUUCGAAAUCAGUUGAACUAUAUAUAACAGCAUAUGAGAGAAAUUUUAUCAUGUAUUUACCAUUUAAAAUGAUUUUAUUUAUAAAAGUAUCAAUAUUUUAAUGUAUUUAAUGUAGAAUGUGGCUUUAUUUUUAGUAAGGUAUGUUUUUAUUUUGCUGUAGAAAAAAUUUUAUAUUACUUGAUUAAAUAUUUUUAAUU